AUGGAACAUAGCAGUGCAUGGGAAUUGCUUCGUGCGAGCGCCACGGACGCCGAUGCCGUGCGUCAUUAUUUAGAGUCCAUUGAAACUGAAGAUCUUGAUGGAUUAUUGGACGGGAUCGCUCUCCGUUCCAUAAAGAAUAAGACCAAAAGCGUCUUUUUGGUCCAAGAUGAUUGGUUACCAUUAGUGCGACUUUUAGUCCAAUGUGAAGCUACUCGUCUACGUGCUACUUCACGUAUCAUUCAAGUCUUACGCCUUGGAAGUCCAAGUGAAUUGGAAAGUAUGCAGCUAUUAACUGAAGUAACUGUCGGCUAUUCAAAUGCUUUGGAUGAGCUUCAGGAUCGACAUACAACAACACGACAAUUGAUACAGAGAAAGAAACUAUUGGACGAGAUUCAUACGGUCAUGAACAUGGUGUUUUCCUUUUUGGAAGAUGUUGUGCGCAGCAAAGAAAAGGGCAAAGUUCUGCCCCAAUUACUCGGACUUGUGCUGUAUUUUUUAGGAUUAAUUGGAGAAAUUAGUGGACGGGAGUUUUGCACCGUCACAGAGAAUUUGACAAAGUUAUUGGAGAUGCCGUGGAGUUAUCAGACUGUACCGAGUUUGCUGAAUGUGCUGGUGAAUGAUACAUCAUUGAUGGGGAGAGAAAGCUGGCAGCAGUUACAGGAGAAUGUGGAGCGGAUGGUGACGACGUCGCCGGAGAUGGCGAGUGAGACGAUGAACCCCAUUCUUCGAGAGUGUCUUUUGGUGGCAAAUGUAACGGGCGAUCAUAAGUGGAUUGGCACUGCGCGUUAUUUACUUCGUCAACUACCUGUGCAUCUGCGGCAAGAGGCAGAUUUCAACUUGCAAAUGACCUUCAACCAGUCUCCUCGUAUCGUUUCGCUGGUUUGUGAAUCCAUUCGAUCCAGCAAGAAGUCUGAAAGACAUGACGUCGCUAGCAGCCAGUGUGACGGCCCACCGAGCGGCACAGCAGACCUCAAGAUCGACUGGCGCGACCUUUUCCUGCUCCUUCAUUCCCUUCAAGCAUCAAAGCCGAUUUUGCACCACCGAACUUCCUUCACUCGCGUUGCCACUGAAGCAUCCGUGUUUACAGAAAUUGAGCAACUUGCGUGGAUAAUCGUACACAGUGAGUUCAGAGCAUUUGAUAGUUCUGCUUCAUCGACCGAAAUGAGUUCGCGAGGACUGAGGAAAACUGUAGCGAAGCAUGUUCUUGAUCAAGUGGAACUGGUGCUGAAUUUUGGUGGCAAGCAAAUGUAUGCUCAUGAAUGGAAAGCGCUGCUUUUGAUGGAUAUUGCUUUCUUCUGGCUAGAGCAAAGUAGCCCAACUAGCGAUGUCGACAAAAUGGCGCUUUCAAAGUCUACAUCGGCGCUUAUGCUUUUACAAGCGAUAUUCGAGACGGCACCAGAAACCCGCUCUGAAGUACUUAGUAGUUUAUUCGAGCGCUCUCAACAUCCAGCGCAGAGGAAGAUUGCAGGAGAAACGCUCUCACGAUUAAUUAUUUCGCAAUCAGGAAAGCUUUUCCCGCACCUCAAUGCCAUACAAGACUGGCUCAGUAUACAGUUUCAACGGUCAUUCGACAGUGCUCGCGACUUUUUCCUUAUUGCUUCCCGUCUGGCAACAGUGUAUACAGAUUUUUAUAAUUUCUUGAUGGUAUUUUUGCGGAAAUUGUUGUCAACUGGUAAAUGGCGGCACCAACAAUUUGCUGUGGACAUGUGGUGUACGUGGUUAGACCACCGGCUACCUUUUAAUGAGCAACAAGAAGAAGAGAUCGUUUCUGCGCUUAAAAACAGUGUGAUAGCUUUACAUGAUAUUCAAGCUUGGUCAUUUGGGCGUUUAGAGCAAGUAUUUCGAUGUAGCGGUGCAACAGUUGAUGGACCUGCCAUCUCGUUGCGGAAAAGCUCGUGGGAAGAGCUCCACAGGUUUUUCUUGCAAGAGGUUGGCAAGUUUAUUCUGCCGACAAUGGGUACCAUCGACUUUGAGAAUAAAGAUCUUGAAGAUUGUGCAAAUGAGUACGACGACGAGGAUUCAGGUUUACUGCGGUUUCGUUUCAGCUCACUCGACGCAUUUUAUCAGCAGAAUGCUAGUCUGGAUGGUGCAGCAUCGACUGGGCUUAUAUUCCAGAAACUGCUGUCUUGCUUGCUAAAAUUCGAAAAAGGCAUUUUCCUGUCGAAAGUUUCGUCCGAGGGUUUAUCAAUCAUGGGCCUCAGUGAGAACGACAGCGACAUCAAACAGUGGCUUGUCGACCUGGUUUCGAAUUGGAAAUAUUUUUUUCACUGGAUUUGCCAAGAUUCUGACCAGCUGCUAAAUCAGUCAGCACAAGGUAGAGCAUGCGAGAAGAGUACGUGGUGGAAACUUAUAGCGCGCGUCUACAUCGGUUGUGCUAUUUGUAAUAUUACACUCGACAUGUUGAUGUGGAAUUGGUCUGUUGAAAAUUCUAGCGAGCGAGAUACAGACAACGAGGGCCUAACCGCGUUCGAUACUGAUAAUUGCGAGAUUUCGGUUUGGUCCUUGAUGGAAGUGGAGUUCAGUUUGCAUCGGAUGAUACAGAAGCUUGUUUCACAUUACGGAAAUGAAAUGGAAACGAAUUUGUCGAAGGAGUUCGUUAGGUCGGCAUCAUACGGAUUACACAGAGCACUUCAAGCCGCGAAGCUUAACAUUUUGACAGCUAUCAAGAGUACCCUUCAGGGGUCAGGAGCGUUGAAGGCAGCGGACCUGAAACGACCAAGUGGAAUGUCAUUUGAUGCUGUUCUCUUCGCUCUAGACUCAUGCUACAGCACACACGGAGACGAAGGCCUGUUCGGAGCAUUAUGUCCGUGGGUUAGUGAAGAUGACGGGUUAAAAGAAGCAAGCUCCAUUCUUGAAGUAUUGCUAUGCGUGUACAUCAACGUUCGCGACCGCAUUGUGCCAGGGUCGAAUGUCUCCAGUGCAGAUAACGCGAGGCUGGAAGGCAGUGCGAAGGAUGAGUCUGCCUGCAGGCAGCAAUUCUCUCUGUAUGCAGACUCCAUUUCCGCCAAAUUUCCAGCAUCCGCGCGGCAUCUCGUUCUGCCUGGAAAAAGUGCUAAACCAGUCGUGUUGCUGGACACAAAAAGUGGAGAAGAGAUGCUGGAGCACGUUUGCGCAGCAAUAGGGCGAACCCUGGAGACAAUGAUCAAAUCUACAGGUCUCCAUUCAGUGCAUGAUAAACUUGGGCAAACAUUAUUCAAGCUUUCGUGGACCGAUAGUCGUGAGAUUGAAGCAGUUGGUGGCCAAAACAAUUUUGCCCGUUUAUCUCUUAACAUUUUGGUAGACGUUAAAACGUGCAUCCAGCUGAAUGGGCUUACGAAGUUAGCCGUGUCCUGCGCCUCAUUAAGCAAACGCCUUCUGGGCAAUGGUGCGGAUAUGGUACAGUGCGAUUGCAGUACGGACUGUUCAGAUUCUCAUAAACUCUCAUCGCUUGCCUACGACAUUUUGUGCGACAAUGUUGUGUACAAUGCACGACUGCUUCGACUUCUCAUGAAUAUCUGCCUCCCAACUCACCUUGCGCUCCGCAUCAAGACAUUUGUGGCGUUGGAAAGCAAGAUUGAAGGGAUCGUUCAGACGUGCUUAAUCAAUUCGGCAGAUGAUGGGGACGCAUCAACUACCACCAACCAUCAGCGCAGACCAGCUCUAAAAGCUUUGAAGGAAAAGCGUGAUGGCCCAGCGCGUCGAAAGCGUUUGCGACAAGACUUCGAUGCUAGGUCCUCUUACGGCCUGAGUGAGGAUUCUGACUUUGGUUCAGAUGCUAGCUGCUCUUCCGUCUCCGACGUGUCUGACGACGCCAAUGCAAUCAUCAACUCUCAUACUAGCGGCAGCAGGCGGGACCAAGACGCUUUACCCAACCGAGAUCGCGUUCCACAUCUUCAUUCUCGUGCUACUCAAAGCAUUGCCAUUGUCGCUGUUUUGACUCUGCUCGAACAAUCUCAAUCCACGCUGCUCAAUGCCAUCACUGCCAAAAACGGCGGUAGCGAACCCAUUUCAUUUCCCCAUUACCAGGAAAUUGUAGGUUACAACCGGAUUCACGGGCUUGUGAAUAAAUUGAUAAGCGACUAUCGUGAUAUAUCGUGGGAGACCCGAAACGUGCUGCUAAAGGUUCUUCACAUGAUUGAACUGGGGUUGCGCAUCGGCAAAGCUAGUGGAUCGGUGCAACGAAAGGGAGGUGACCCUGACGUUGGCACAUGGCAUGACAGCACAAUCUCCAUCUAUGAAUCUUCAGUCACAUCGGCAUUAAGAAGUCGAGCGUGGGUUAGUGGCAUCAAGGAUGCAAGUCAAGAUUCGGGAACAAAAACCAAGGUAUCUGCAACCCUUCUCAAGAUGGACAUUUUUUUCUUGCAAGUUCCAGGCACCGUGCAGACUUGGCUUAAAAAGGUCACGAUAUCCGAUGCGUUAAAAGAACGCUUGAAGGCAAUUGUGACAAUGGUGAAGGAGAGAAUUACGCCGAUAGAGCACUCGAGUGUUCGAUAUGGAAAGGCAAAAGCUCGACAGCGUUUAGUUGGUGUCGUCCCGAUCGUAAGAAAACGAAAAAAGCGUUUACGGAGUCGUCAUCCAGUCAUUGAUGCAUUUCUCAAUGAAGAAGAUGGCGCUGAUGCAUUUGCUGACUUGGAAGAUUUUAUUGAAUAG